AUGCUAUGUCAAGAUCAGUUAAAUAAUAAUAAUAUUUAAGAUUUUGGAAACAACCAAUUUCGUUUGGAACAAGAAAUCCAGCUCUCAAAUGACUAUCCAUCCUAACAAGAAUAAUUUCAUGAAUAGAUAAUUCCUGAUGUAUCUUAAGACAUAUCAUAAAAAGCGAGCCCAGAGUUCUAUGAAACUUAAAUUGAAUAAGAUGGCAAUGAUUAAGCCAAAUAAAUUUAAACCGAAUUUAAUGAGGGAAAAUUUAAUGAUAAACAUGCUUCUCCAAAAUUAACAAAAAAAGAGAAUAUUUAAGAUCAUAAUUUUGAGAGUGAUUUUGAACUAGUAUUUAGUAAUAACAAAUCUUCUGAUAGCGAAUAAUUAGAAUCAAACUAAAGUGAUAAUUAAUAUGAAGUUCAAAUUUAGGAAUCCCCCAUUCAUAUAAUACCUGACUAUCAUGAACAAUGCUUAAAACAAAAUAAAGAGGAGUAGAAAUCAGCAGUUCAAAUAAUUCAAAUAAACUCAGAAAAUGAUAUAAAAGAGGAAGUUUCAAUUUAAAGAUUUGAACAAUUUAAUAAGUAACAAGAAAUUUCAUCCAAAGGUGCAAAGAAUGACAAUUCUUCUUCGGAAUAAACAGCUGAUGAUUCCUAAUGUAACAAAUUGAAUAGCCCACAUAGUGAAAGUACUUAUUGCGAUAGUUACAUUAGCCAUCACAGCAGUACUGGAUCUAAUGAUUCUAAAACUCUCACUUCUGUUGUAGAUAAUUAUGAUCUGAAAUUUCAAGAGAUUGGUGGGUAUUCUAUAGACAUUGAUAGUUUAGACUGA